CGCACGUUUAUUGCAAGUGUUCGUUUGAAGUCACUUGUUUAAUUGUCGUUCGUCCGUCACAAUGUUUGCCAGUCUUGGGCGGCCAAAUUCAAUGUCGUAGAAAAAAACUUUACUUACACUAGGACACUUCAACUGGUGACUAUCCGGGAGAAGAAAAAAAUAUGUAAUAACACUGUUUGCGUAAAUCUGACAGAUGUAUUGACGGGACAAACAAUAUUUGGUUACGUUUCGAUAUGAAUCGCCUUAAUCAGAGCCUCUGAUUAAAUGUUUCUCCCGUCAACAAAUCGAUCAGAUUUACGCCGCAACCGAUUGCUCCUUUUUCUUUAUUCUCCCGGAUAAUCUUCAAUAGAAGUGUUCUGGGGUUAAUUCAUUUUGGGGGGAUUUUAAAGUCCAUCAGUCAAGCACCAGCUGAUUCCCAUUUUUGUUUCAACUUGGCAGUGCUGAAGCUUGGAAUCCCAUGCAACUGGACACGGACAUUUAUAAGGCGCCCUUUCCCUGAAUCGAGAACGAAGACGUUGUCGCAAGAGCAGUGUCAGGUAUGGAUUGGAUAGCUGUGUUCACAUCCUUGGAGGUGGUGUGUGAGGAAAACAUCACUGCUCUGUCUGGGCCUCCUGACUUGCCAUAUGGCGACGUGUCCAGGCGCUUGGUGACAUGCUUGAGAAGGAUUCAGGACCAUGGUCGUGCCCUGGAACCUGUGGUUUCUGGCAUCACUGCAGUCUACCACCACUAUGACUUUGACUCCGAUACCCCUGGGAAUGGGUAUCGCACACUGGUCAAGGUGUUGCAGUCUUGCCUUCUGCACAUCAUCCACAACGGCCGCUACAUUGCCGCUAACUGCCACAGGGCCUUCUUCAGGGCCGACCACAACGCCUCAGAGAUGGAAGCCUAUGGCAGUGUCCUGUGUCAGCUACGGGCCCUCCUCUACAUUGCCCAGGGAAUGCUCCACGACAACAGUCCCGGGCAGCUGUACGGAGAGCAGGAUGGAGAGCUGAGCAGGAGGUUGGUGAGGGAGUAUGCUUCCAUGCACAAGGCCUGCUUCUACGGCCGCUGCCUGGGCUUUCAGUUCUCAUCUUCCCUUCGUCCGAUCCUGCAGUCAUUAAUCAUAAGCAUGGUCUCGUUUGGAGAGAGCUACGAAAAACAGCAUUCCGGGUUAGGCAUGGCAGCAUUCUCCCUCCUUACCUCUGGGAAGUAUGUCAUCGAUCCAGAGCUGAGAGGAGAAGAAUAUGAGCGGAUCACCCAGAACUUGGACAUGAAGUUCUGGAAGUCCUUCUGGAACCUCACCGAAUCAGAGCUUGUAUCGGGCUUUGCCAGUUUAACCUCUACCCUAGUGCAGGUGAACCUCACCCUGACCAUACCCCCUGAACCGCUACUCCUCCCCCUGGUCUCAGACCCCCGUCUCUCUACCCCUGUGUCCCCGCCAGUGGCCCACUGGGGCCCUGGACCUGUCAACAUGCGCCUCAUCUCCUAUGAGCUUCGAGAAGGACAGGACAGUAAAGAGCUGCUAGCCUUUGCUCGUACAGAAGCUCCACCCAUUUCCCUGUCUUUAGUACCGUUUGGUGCCCAGAAGCGUCCUCCCUCCCCCUGGCUGUUGAUCCACUUCCAUGGAGGAGGCUUCGUGUCCCAGACCUCCAAAUCCCAUGAGAACUAUCUGAAGAGCUGGUCCAAGGAUCUGAAUGUCCCCAUCCUGUCUGUGGAUUACUCCUUGGCUCCUGAGGCCCCCUUUCCCAGAGCCCUGGAGGAGUGCUUCUACGCCUACUGUUGGGCCCUCAAGAACUGCCAUCUUUUGGGCUCCACUGCUGAGCGUGUGUGUCUGGCUGGGGACAGUGCUGGGGGGAACCUUUGCAUCACUGUGUCCAUGAGGGCCAUUGCCUGCGGUGUGCGCAUCCCUGAUGGUAUUAUGGCUGCAUAUCCUGCUACCCUGCUCACCAUUGAAGCCUCGCCCUCCCGCCUUCUCACCAGCUUUGACCUACUGCUGCCUUUAGGGGUGCUCUCCAAGUGUAUCAACGCCUACACAGGUGUAGACUCUGAGACGGUUCAGCCUACAGAGGGGAUCAGCACGUUGAGCGCUCUAGGUAGAGACACAGCCUCGCUGAUCAGUGACCUCUCACAUGGGGCAUCCAAAUGGAUCCAGUCCUUCAUUCCCGCAGAGGUCCUAGGGUCAUGGUCAUCAUCACACCGGAGGUCCUUGGACAACGAGGCCCACCAGAGAUCAGUGUUGCCAUCUUCAUCCGAAUCCUCCUCAGGCCCCAGGGACUACCCAGAAGGCUUUGAGCCCCUGCGCUCCAAGCGCCUGUCUGUAAUCCAGACGCCUAGCUGUCCCACCGUCAAGAACCCGUUUGUGUCACCCCUGCUAGCCUCUGACGACCUACUGCGUGGACUACCACCUGUACACUUAGUGGCCUCUGCACUGGAUGCCUUGUUGGAUGACUCUGUGAUGUUCGCCAGGAAACUGCAGAAUAUGGGCCAACCAGUGACUCUGAGGGUGGUGGAGGACCUCCCACAUGGCUUCCUUAGCCUAUCGGGAUUCGCAGAGGAGAUAAAGGUGGCCUCCGACAUCUGCGUAGAGCGAAUCAGAGAGGUCUUCCAGCAGAAAACUCUGCCUUCCUGUAUUCGCAAAUGACCAAUGUUUGAAAGGAAAAAUAAUGGGGCUGACCAGCUGCCUAAUAAAACCAAGGGGAAAACUAGUUGUUAUCCUCACGAAACUGGAAAGUGAAAGAUAACACCCUUUAUUGCACUAACACUUGCACUUUUCUUACUAGCACUGACUCAUAGCUGCUUUAUUGAGGAAAACAUUUUCUAAUUAUGAGUGAUAUUUGAAGUUACUGGUUAAAGAGCAUCUGCUGAGGGAGAUGUCAAUGUACACAGUUUAGUGUUUUUUAGUCCAGGAAAGGGUCAUGUCAUUUGUAAUCAAUUAAAUGUCAUAUUGCUUAAGGUUUGAACAAUACUGAACAAAAAUACAAUUUCACAGAUUUUUAUUGAGUAAAAAAAUUAUAAUUAAACACUGAGUGUCAGAGGGCGAGAGAGACGUUGAGUCUCCUGGGAGGCUGUGGCUUUAGCGAGGGGCUUUGUGUGGGCUUAACAAUCGUGUUUGUCUCUCCCUGUGGCAGAAAAGACGACACGCUAGACACCUUCACCUCAGGAUCAUGGGGUAAACCUUCCCAUCCCUGUGAGCCUCAGACAACAAUAACACAAUGCUGGGAUGUCCUGUAUACCCAACUGCACACACAUGCACUGGUGGCAGUGCUGGAAUAAACCUACGACCUUACACAUACAAACACACACAGAGAGAGAGAGAGCCCUUAGACAACAAUAACAAGGCCCUUGGACGCCCACUGAGCUCAGAGGCAGGAGAAUGCCCUCUACUUUAACAUGCUGGCGCCAAUUAUACUGAACAAUAAUAUAAAUGCAACAAUUUCAAAGAUUUGACUGAGUUACAGUUCAUAUGAGGAAAUCAGUCUAUUGAAAUAUAUUCAAUAGGCCCUAGUCUAUGGAGUUCACAUGACCGGGAAUACAGAUAAUGCAUCUGUUGUAGAGGUCAACAAAUUAUGAUAUUUCAACGCCGACACCGAUUUUAUUGGAGGACCAAAAAAAGCUGAUACCGAUUAAUCGGCCAAUCUUUAUACAUAUAUUUGUAAUAAUUACAACAAUACUGAAUGAACACUUUUAUUAUAACUUAAUAUAAUGCAUAAAAUCAAUUUAGUGUCAAAUAAAUAAUGAAACAUGUUCAAUUUGGUUUAAAUAAUUCAAAAACACAGUGUUGGAGAAGAAAGUGCAAUAUGUGCCAUGUAAAAAGAGCUAACGUUUAAAUUCCUUGCUCAGAACAUGAGAAUAUAUGAAAGCUGGUGGUUCCUUUUAACAUGAGUCUUCAAUAUUCACAGUUAAGAAGAUUUAGGUUGUAGUUAUUAUAGGAAUUAUGACGCGUUGUCUAUUUCUCUCUAUACCAUUUGUAUUUCAUAUACCUUUGACUAUUAUAUGUUCUUAUAGGCACUUUAGUAUUGCCAGCCUAAUCUCGGGAGUUGAUAGGCUUGUAGUCAUAAACAGCGCUGUGCUUCGAACAUUGCUAAGAGCUGCUGUCAAACGCAGGAAAGUGCUGUUUGAAUGAAUGCUUACGAGCCUGCUGCUGCCUACCACCACUCAGUCAGACUGCUCUAUCAAAUAUCAAAUCAUGGACUUAAUUAUAAUAUACACAGAAAUACGAGCCUUUGGUUAUUAAUAUGGUCAAAUCUGGAAACUAUAAUUUCGAAAACAAAAUGUUUAUUCUUUCAGUGAAAUACGGAACCGUUCUGUAUUUUAUCGAACGGGUGGUAACCCUAACACUAAAUAUUGCUGUUACAUUGCACAACCUUCAAUGUUAUGUCAUAAUUAUGUAAAAUACUGUCGAAUAAAUUACGGUCUUUGUUAGGAAGAAAUGGUCUUCACACAGUUCGCAACGAGCCAGGCGGCACAAACUGCUACAUAUACCAUGACUCUGCUUGCACAGAACUCAAGAGAAGUGACGCAAUUUCCCUAGUUAAUAUUGCCUGCUAACAUGCAUCUAUUUUAACUAAAUAUGCAGGUUAAAAAAUAUAUACUUCUGUGUAUUGAUUUUAAGAAAGGCAUUGAUGUUCAUGGUUAGGUGCAUUUGUGCAACGAUUGUGCUUUUUUUGCGAAUGUGCUUUUGUUAAAUCAUCCCCCGUUUGGCUAAAUUGAAGUAGGCUGUGAUUCGAUGGUAAAUUAACAGGCACCGCUUUGAUUAUCUGCAACCCAGGACAAGCUAGUUAGCCUAGUAAUAUCAUCAACCAUGUGAAGUUAUGUGAGGAUUGAUUGUUUUUUAUAAUUUAAGUUUAAUGCUAGCUAGCAACUAACCUUGGCUCCUUGCAGCCACAAGGUUAUUUUGGUGCUCCACUCGCGUAACAGGUGGUCAGCCUGGCACGCAGUCUCCUCGUGGAUUGCAAUGUAAUGGCCAUAAUCGUCAUCAAAAAAGGCAGAUUACUGAUUGUUAUGAAAACUUGAAAUCGGCCAUAAUUAAUCAGCCAUGCCGAUUAAUCGGUCGCUAAUCUGUUGGUCACAGAUACCUAAAAAAAAAAAUGGGCCUCAUGAUCUCUUUACGGUAUUUUUGUGCAUUCAAAUUGCCAUCCAUAAAAUGCAAUUGUGCUUGUUGUCUGUACCUUAUGCCUGCCCAUACCAUAACCCAAUUGCCGCCAUGGGGCACUCUGUUGUGAGGCCGGUUGGACGUACUGCCAAAUUUUCUAAAAUGGAGUUGGCUUAUGGUAGAGAAAUGAACAUUCAUUUCUGGCAACAACUCGUGGGCAUUCCUGCAGUCAACAUGCCAAUUGCACGCUCCCUCAACUUUAGACAUCUGUGGCAUUGUGUUGUGAGAGAACUGCGCAUUUUAGUGGCCCUUUUUAUUGUCCCCAGCACAAGGUGCACCUGUGUAAUGAUCAUGCUGUUUAUGUCGAUUCUGAUAUGCCACACGUGUCAGGUGGAUGGAUUAUCUUGGCAAAGGAGAAAUGCUCACUAACAGGAAUGUAAACAAAUUUGUGCACAAAAUGAGAGAAUUAAGCUUUUUGUGGGUAUGGAAACUCUCUGGGAUCUUUUAUUUCAGCUCAUGAAACAUGGGACCAACACUUUACAUCUUGUGUUUAUAUUUUGUUCAGUGUAGUUGCUUAUAUCUUGUGUGCCCGAUGAUGUCCCUCAUCCCUGAUUCUGUACUUGGCUUGCAAUAUCAAGUGCGCCAAGUGUGAUCUCAAUAAAUUGAUUCAUCGUCUAGUCUUUCUCAAACCCGCGCCGGUCCAUGGAGGAAUGCAGGCUGGUCUGGAGUAUUGAAUAUGAUUCUUUUUUUUUUGUGGUCUGCGGCAUAUUUGACUCAAAUACUUGCCUUAGGCCUACUUGCACAAUGCACUGAACUAAGCACUUGCUGCACUAAACAAAUUGUGUUGGCAUGACUAUGUUUAGCUACACCACACAACCACACAAGCUAGCUCUGCUGCGCAGCCUGCAUUAUUUAAAAAAAAAUUGUACCUUCAACUAGGCAAGUCAGUUAAGAACAAAUUCUUAUUUACAAUGACGGCCUACGCUGGGCCAAUUGUGCGCCGGUGUAUGGGACUCCCAAUCACGGCCGGAUGUGAUACAGCCUGGAUUUGAACCAGGGACUGUAGUGCCUCCUCUUACAGUGAGGUACAGUGCCUUAGACCGCUGCGUCACUCGCGAUCCCAAAUAACAGCUGCCCGGGGAAAAAACGGUCUGUGUGAUGUGUCAAGAUGCUAUUGUAAAGAACCUGUAAGACCACCGAAACUCGCACGUUGUUUGUUGACUAGAGUAAACACUGAUUUCCCAUGGGGGAAAAAACUCUCCAACAUGCCUUCCACAUCAUAACGUUCAGCAACUAAUUUGCAUAACAUUGUGUGAUAGGCUGAGAGACUUUCCAAUGUAUAAAACAUUACAUUACCCCCGGCUUUAACUGAACACCCUGUGUUUAAUAACCUGGGUAAACACAUACAAAAUACCCUCGGAGAAGUGCACAGUAACCAAACACAUUCAGAAUGCAUUGACUGUGUUCAACACAAAACUCUCUUGCCAAACAGGCCCCCUAAUAGUUCUUUGGGGUCUACCCCCCCCAGACCCAUGUGAUCUUCUGCUGCAAUUGACUCCGGUGCUUGACCCGUCUCAAAGUAGACACUUUCUCUUGCAGGUGCACAGGGAGGGCAACUCAGUGUUCACAUCCGUUUGCGUGGUAUGAGUCUCUGUCUUCGACUGAGCUUUCAGUCCCGACUGUCCAGUUUCCGUUCCACUGAGGCAUUAACAUCCCUUGGAGCCCACAGUCUCACAAUGUCCCCCACCUUUCUCCUGAAGGGUAACCUAGGCAACAUUGGUUGCUUUUUCCUCAAAGCGGGGUAGGUAGUAUUUCUGACUAGUCACAAAAGAGUCCAUGUUCAACUCAGUCUCUUGUCCCAUGACCGUGACCUCAUGCUCGGAAACAACCCCAAAGUAAGGUUUGAGCCGGUUGUAGUGUACCACGGCAUGAUAAGGUCCAUUACCCUGUACUACUUCAUACAGCACCUCUGACAGUUUCUUUGCAAUUUUGAAAGGACCCUUCAAUUUCUUUCUCAGUUUGAAUGACAACCCCUUUUUCAUCUGGUAGUCUCUAAGCCACGCAUUAAUUUUCCUCAUACCUCUGGGGUGUCAACUUUUAGAAUCCAAGUAUUGCUUUUGUUUACCUGUGAGGUGAUUUUAUCUUUACAGAUUCCCUUACAGUGCUUAAAUACCCUUUCACCUUUUGAAGAUACUGAGAAACAUACUGUUCCCCUUCAUUUUGUGUUCCCAUAACCACAUCAACCAGUAGUCAUUUCAGCACUGAACAGCACCCUGUAUGGUGUGAUCCCCGUGGAAGAUUGAACACUACUCCUGUAUGACAUCAUCACAUAUGGGAGUAUCUCAUCCCAAUUUCUUUGAUUGUCAUCAACAAAAAGUGUAAGCAUGUUGAUCAAAGUUCUGUUCACUCUUUCCAUUAAACCAUCUGAUUGUG